UGCGGUCCGGGUGACAGUUGAGGAUGGCCGGAGCUGAGGAGCCAGCUGGGCGACAGUCGGAGUUGGAGCCCGUGGUAUCGUUGGUCGAUGUACUUGAGGAGGACGAGGAGCUGGAGAAUGAGGCUUGCGCCGUCCUGGGCGGCAGUGACUCGGAGAAGUGCUCCUACUCGCAGGGUUCAGUAAAGAGACAAGCACUGUAUGCCUGCAGUACCUGCACUCCAGAGGGAGAAGAACCGGCAGGAAUUUGCCUGGCUUGCAGUUACGAAUGUCAUGGAAGUCAUAAACUAUUUGAGCUGUACACGAAAAGAAAUUUUCGUUGUGAUUGUGGAAACAGCAAGUUUAAAAAUUUGGAAUGCAAAUUGUUUCCUGACAAAGCAAAAAUAAAUUCUGGCAAUAAGUACAAUGACAACUUUUUUGGAUUGUACUGCAUUUGCAAGAGACCUUACCCUGAUCCUGAAGAUGAGAUUCCAGAUGAGAUGAUCCAGUGUAUAGUCUGUGAAGAUUGGUUCCAUGGAAGGCAUCUUGGCGCCAUUCCUCCUGAGAGUGGGGAUUUCCAAGAGAUGGUGUGCCAGGCUUGUAUGAAGCGCUGUUCUUUCUUGUGGGCUUAUGCUGCACAGCUGGCAGUAACCAAAGUAACUACUGAAGAUGAUGGGUUGGUGCUGAAUGUUGAUGGAGUAGGUGAUCAAGAAGUUAUCAAAACUGAAAAUGGAGCUCAUCAAGACAAUGCCCUUGAAGAGGAUGUUCCAGAACAUGGAAAGGCUAUUGUGAAGGAAGUUAAAGCAGAGCAGACAAACGAACCAUGUACCAGCUCUAGUUCUGAAUCUGAUCUCCAGAAAGCAUUUCAGAAUCAGCGUCUCAACACAGAAUCACAGUCUGGCUGCAAACUUCAGGAGCUUAAAGUUAAGCAGUUUAUAAAGAAAGACACUGCCACCUAUUGGCCCCUGAACUGGCGUAGCAAGUUGUGUACCUGCAAAGACUGUAUGAAAAUGUAUGGCGAUCUAGAUGUCCUGUUCCUGACAGAUGAGUAUGACACAGUUCUGGCUUAUGAAAACAAAGGCAAGGUUGACCAGGCAACUGACAGGAGAGACCCUCUAAUGGACACCCUUAAUAGCAUGAACAGAGUCCAGCAAGUGGAACUUAUUUGUGAAUACAAUGACUUGAAGACUGAACUUAAAGACUAUCUCAAGAGAUUUGCUGAUGAAGGCACAGUGGUUAAGAGAGAGGACAUCCAGCAGUUCUUUGAAGAAUUUCAGUCAAAAAAGAGAAGAAGAGUGGACGGGAUGCAGUAUUAUUGCAGCUAGAGAGGAGUGCGGCGCCUUCUAUCCAGGCGGGGGAAGACCCACUUCCUGUUCCAGGAAUAAAAGAGGCCGCCUCCUCCAGCCUUGAGCUUCCUUCACUCUCCUUAACGACAGUAGCCACAAUGUUUAUGCUGAUUUCACAACCAGCAUUCUUCUUUCUGACUCAGCUAAAUGCAACUCAUUCCACAGACUUGAGCUCCCCUACCCCACCCCGGUCUAGCCAGGGUUAUUUGUUCAGAACUUUCAAGAAGUUUGAUUUGGUUUUGAAAAAGUAAACUUAUCUUUUUUUAUCCCCCUAAUGAUUUGUUCUUUUAACUCCCAAGUGUGUCUACUCUGCCACAGCCUCUGUCUUCCAGGACCUGCUUUGAGGAGCGUUGCAGAAGCCCUCCUGUCAGCUCCACAGGCCCCCUCACCCCUCGGAUCGUGGUGCCUUGGGUCAAAGCUUCCUCAAGCCUGGUCUGCUUCCCUCCCUUGUCCCUGUUUCCUGAAGUUUGGUCAUGGCCUAGAAGGGACCUCAGAGCUUGCUUCAUCUAGGCUGACCCUCCAGAGUUAGCCAGGACUGCAGCUUUUUGGUCUAGAUGUGUGUCACAGGCAAGGAGGUUGGCUGAUGGCAGGAUUGAGGAAGCCUACCUUUGUUACAAAUUUUACUAAUAAAUUUAAAGUGGAAAUGUCAUUCACAAAUCUACUGACACUAGAAUAUUAGAAUUUCAGUACUGUAGUGCUCACAGGGCUUCCUGGAGAAAAUCUGCCAUUAUAUCAAGACUAGUCCCUCUCUGCUGCCUAGAAAAUAGACCGGGUACUACCCUGUGAAAUCUUGGUGGUUUACGAAGUCCUCCGAGUUUCUUUAUAUUAUCAGGGAUAUUCAUAAGCAUAUAUUAAGAAUAGACCUAUUUUGAUAUUGUUCUGUUAAGAAAAUGUUACUAGAAGCCCAGUAAAUUAUUUCCCCCUUAAAUCUGUGCUGAAGAAAAAACAUACUGGCUUAGCCUGCUUGUAAGGAGCUGGGCCAGUGAGUGCCCUGUUUUGGGAGAGGCAGACUGGAGGAGAUCCCAGACAAGGCCCCAGGCCGCGCAGAUAAUGAGCUUUAAGUAAAGAAUAGUCCCUAAUGUCAGUCCGCAGCUGAGUCCCUAAUAAGUGUGAGAUCUUUUGAAGAACCUCACGGGGUAUUGUACAAAAGCCCGUAUUUGAGGGGAUGUCCUUUCAGUUGGUUUGACGUGUCUUUAAAGCCCCUCAGUCUGUGUGGAAAACACCUUUCAAUAAACAAGAGCCCUCAGCUGCUCUCUCCCUCUGGAGGAGCAUGGUCUUUCCUGAUGGUAGACAACACACUUUGAGGUGUGUGACUAUAAGCAUUUGAGGCUUUGGGGCCACAAGUGUAUAUUAAUAUUUUUUGUGUGUCCAGCAGUCAUAAGUACCCACCGAUCCCUCAGUAUGGUGAACUCGGCCUACAGAAGGCAAAGGCCUUCAAGAAAUAGUACAGUUCAUGUUUUUCUGCCUCAGACCUCCUAAUUCCAGAUCCCCAGGAAGAGUGAUGUGUGGAGCGGGAAGAUCUCGUGGCCACAGGAGAGGCGUGUGUGCUCUGAGCUGGCCUUGUGGAAGGCUGAAGUGGCCAGGGCCAGAGCUCCGGGCAUCUCCGAGAGGGCCGCCACCCUCAGCUUGGGAGCUCUCUGUUCCAAGCCUGAGGAUUUUUGAACCCCUCUCUGCAAGGUGAUACUAGUUGUAUACCAUUAUGGCCUGAAAGGCUCUAUCAUCUCAGGCAUAUGAUUUAACCACCAGAAAGUUCCUUCCUUCUUAUGACAGGUCAGGACCAAGUCUCAGCAUCCCUGUGCAGCGCAAGCAAACCCCGAGUGCUGAAGGGCUUGUUUUAGGAAAGGUACUGUUCCUCUCACGUUAACCAGAAAACCUCUUUUUUUUUUUUUAAACCUGUUGUUCACAACUAGUUUUCUUAUUGACUGUAUUGGACCGUCUCUUCUUGUAGAGACUGAUUUUGGCCAACAUGUGGCAGUUGAUAUUAAUGCAUGUUUUAUGCAAAAUGAGAAUACGAUAUUACUUUCAAGGAGUUCUGGCAUUGUAUGUGCGUUUUUGUAGAGUUGUUACUGGACUUACAAUUACAUACUUAACUCUAAUCAGGUUUCUGUAAAAAUUUAAAUAAAU